CGGAACUCACCAGUAUCACCAGGCCAUCUCCCGGCCCUCUCACAGUUAGCAUUGUGUGUCUGUGCUAACUAGGGUUAUAGGUUAUCAGAGAUAUGUUAGAAAAGACUUCAGCGUUGAGUUGAGUUCUCCUUCUUUGACUCUGACGGGUUUCAGGAUCUUAAAGAUUUAUUCAGACGGCUGCUCGCUGCGGUUAUCAGAGAUAUAUCAGAAACAACAACAUGUGGAUACGAAGAGGAGCUCCACCGACAGAGGAAAGAUGGAUGUGACUUUAACACCUGAAAUCAAGCUGCAGAGAGCAGCAGACAUUCAGCAGCUGAUGGUGAGUAAAGGAGACCUCAGCCCUGAGCAGCAGGACUGGAGCUUCCUUCUGGAGGACACUAAGCCCCCACACAUCAAAGAGGAACAGGAGGAACUGUGGAUCAGUCGGGUGGGAGAACAGCUUCAAGGACUGAAGGAGGCUGAUACCACCAUGUUCCCCUUCACUCCUGUCUCUGUGAAGAGUGAAGAUGAAGAGAAACCUCAGUCCUCACAGCUUCAUCAGAGACAAACUGAACAGAUGGAAACAGGAGUUGAUGGAGAGGACUGUGGAGGAGCAGAACCAGAGAGGUACUCAGUCUCUGGUUGUAAACGUCUCUCUGGAUCUGAGGUCAAGAUUGAAGACUCUUGUGGAUCUGAUGACAGUGUUGACAGUGACUUUUGGAAAGAUACUAGAGAACGCAGGAAAGAUUUGAAAUCUGUAGAAAACGUUCAAAGUAAGAAAACAAAUGCGGAUGAUAAUUCAUAUAGCUGCUCGGAGUGUGGUAAAACAUUCAAUAAGAAACCGAAUCUGACCAGACACACAUUUAUGCACACAGGAGAGAAACCCUUCAGCUGCCCUCUUUGCUGUAAACGAUUUAAUAGAAAAUGUGCUCUGACCACACAUAAGAGAAUUCACACAGGAGAGAAACCGUUGAUGUGCUCAGUGUGUGGUAAAACAUUUAAAAAGAAGACAAAUCUGGCCACACAUUUGAGAAUUCACGCAAGAGAGAAACCAUUCAGUAGCUCGGAGUGCAGUAAAAGAUUUAUCCAAAAAGUGGCCUUGGCCGGUCACAUGUUAGUUCACACGAUAAAGAAACCCUACAACUGCUCUGAGUGCAAUAAAACAUCUUCUGAUAAAUCAUAUCUGACCAAACACAUGCAAAUACAUACUGGAGAGAAACUCUUUAGCUGCACUGAUUGUGGGAGAAGAUUUAAAUUUAAGCUUAAUCUGACACAUCACAUGGCACAUCACAGAGGGGCAUCAGAGCUUCAUCUAAACCAAACUGAGGAGAAGAGACUGGCAGAGACAAGGGUUGAUAGAGAGGACUGUGGAGGAGCAGAACCAGUUAGAAACUCUGAUCCUGUGAGACAUUUACAAUUAGAGACUCAGGACAAGAAGGAUGACUCUUCAGAAGCUGAGACUGACAACAGUGAUGAUUGGAAAGACACAAUAGAAGAACAUGACUCAGAUUUAGUCUCUGUGAUAAACAUCACUAAUAUGAGACUGAAGACUGAUAAUAAAUCUCAUGGCUGCUCUGAGUGUGGUAAAACAUUCCACAAUAAACGGAAUCUUACCAGACACAUAUUAGUGCACACAGGAUAUAAACCCUUCAGCUGCUCUUUUUGCAGUAAAAGAUUUAACAGAAAAUGUGCUCUGACCACACACACAAGAAUACACACAGGAGAGAAACCAUUCAGCUGCUCUGAGUGCAGUAAAAGAUUUAACCAAAAAGUGGCCCUGACUAGUCACAUGUUGGUUCACACUAGAGAAAAACCCUACAGCUGCUCUGAGUGCAAUAAAAGAUUUACUGAUAAAUCAUAUCUUUUAAAACACAUGAGAAUACAUACAGGAGAGAAACUAUUCAGCUGCACUGAUUGUGGUAAAAGCUUUAACUUUAAGCAAAGUCUGACACAUCACAUGGCAAAUCACAGAGGGGCAUCAGAGCUUCAUCAAAACCAAACUAAGGACAAAAGACUGACAGAAACUGAUGGAGCAGAACCAGAGAGGGACUCAGAUCCAGAGAGACAUUUACAACCAGAGAUUGAGGUUAAGAUCGAAGACUCUUCUGAACCUGAGACUCCGGACAGUGAUGUUGAUUGGAAAGAGACAACAGAACAUCAGUCAGGUUUAAACUCUGUGAAAAACAUCACAAGUAAGAGACUGAAGACUAAUAAGAAAUCCCAUUGUUGCUCUGAGUGUGGUAAAACAUUCCACAAUAAACGGAAUCUUUGCAGACACCUGAGAAUUCACACAGGAGAGAAACCCUUCAGCUGCUCUGUGUGUGGUAAAAGAUUUAACCAAAAAGGAAAUCUGACCUCACAUAUGUUGGUUCACACAGGAGAGAAACCCUUCAGCUGCUCUGUGUGUGGUAAAACAUUUAAACAGAAAGCGACUCUGACCAAACAUGUGAGAAUUCACACCGAAGAGAAACCCUUCAGCUGCUCUGUUUGCACUUAAGGAUUUAAGCAAGGAGCACUCAUAGUCAUGUUGGGACACUCAAAUUUGGUCGCAGGCUGGAAUAGUCCUAAUGACUCGCCAUGGGGGCUGAACUAUUUGUUCCAACAUCAAUAUGCAGGGCCGGAGAGGGACUCAUUUUCAGCCUGGGAGUUUCAUGGCUCAGACCAGCCAAUUUAAGUUCAGAUCAUCAGAAAUAUAGACUAUAAUUCUAUCUAGUUUCAUUCAAAGCAUAAGCCUACAGUGUUUCCCACAGGAUUUUAUGAGAGUAUGGUGGGGGGACACCAAACUGCCUAGGGGGGUCCGGGGGCAUGCACUUCUGAGAAAAGUGUGCACAUUUUAAAGUUAAAUGCAUCAAUUUUGUGCGAAAUGAACAGGCUAAAUGUAUGAAAAACUUAGUUCUCUUUUAACAAUUUUGUGCUCUUGUAGUAAUUAAAAACAUAAAAUCCAGAGGCUAAGGUUGCCUAAAACGUCUAUCCCAGAUUAAAUGAAAUAAUGUUCUUGAACCAUUUGGAGUACAAGUAUGUGUAAGGCAAGGCAAGUUUAUUUAUGUCACACAUUUCAACAACAAGGCAAUUCAAAGUGACUCACACAACAUCAAAAGCAUCAUGACAAAAAAUAUGUAAGAAAUGUCAGUCAUCAGCACAGUGGCUUGAAAUUGGCACCAUGUAGAUACAUCAGGACAGAAGCAGGCACCUCCUUUAAACUCUGAUUGGCUGUUGUAGGAUGUGAACAAAGAAAGUAAUGUCAGAAUUGGUCAAAUGAGGUGUCAAUCUAAAGAUUUGAGUGCAGCUGCCAGUGUGAGAUAUCUCAGUUGAAAACAUUGCUCUCUUUGAUGCCAGAUGUCAAAGUUCGAACACUUAACAAGGACCACGACUUCAUGGUCAUCGCCAUGGUUAUCUGGAAUGUGUUAAGAAGUCAGGAGGUGGUGGACUUCAUCAGAGGAUCAAACCAGACAAGACUGGCAAAGUAUGUGCCCUCUCAUCAAUCAUGGAAGAGCUGCUGGACCACAGUUUGGCUCCUGACAUCUGGAGACGGGACAGGAUGUGAUAACAUGACCUGUGUCAACAUCACCCUCCGGCUGCACCCCGCUCAGUCUGAUGACAAAAAGAAGAGGAAGCAACCGGAGGAGGUAGAAGGUUUGAUGAUGGCCACCAUGACCUGCAUGAUACUGGCAGAAUAGCUCAACUACAUCCAAGUUGCUUUCCAUUCUGAGACAUGCCUAAGUCUCCGUGUAGAUCCCUCAUCACAGAGCUUUUUUUUGUGUCCUAAAAGUGCUGUAAGGUCCAUGAAUUACUUUUGAAGUCACUUUUUCACUUCUUCCCAAAAUGUCUGCAAACAAAUGGACAAAGGUAAAAGAUAAAACCAAACAAUAUUUGUGUCCUCUGAAGCCCAAACUGAAAUGUGACAUGGUGUGGGAAUUGACUGUUAAUCCAGUGUUGGAUUGAAUGUUUUGGUACCCUGUUUUAGGUUUCUCUCAGACCUCCCACCCUGAGUUUCUUUAAGCUCAGUUUGUAGGUCACAGUUAAGACUUUAAGAACAAUGUAAGGAUUCUGGUCAUUUGUCCAGUCCUUGAUUUCUAUUGACACCCGUUCACAAGUGAGGAUAGUUUUCAGUCUCUCUGCUCAUCGAAGAUUUUCAUUUCUGCUUUGUCUUGUCAUUUCCAAACAGAAAAGAAGUGGGCUUUCUUAGCCUGCUCACUUAGUUGGAAACAUGACGGCAUGGAAAGACGACGGUGUGGAAACAUGACAGCAUGGAAACAUGUAAGAGGAGGUGUUGAAGUUCUGGACUAACUCUACAAAAACAGCUUGAGUCCAGGACUUAAAAACGUCCACCAUCCGAUUCACGCUUCUUGUUUUCCCUUGUAACGCUUUUUUUUUUAGUUUAUUUUUAUUUUUGCACAGAAAACAAAUCCACCAAUAACAAAGAUAGACAAUAUAGAGUGAAGGAAGGAGCAGAAAGCUCCGAGCUCGUCUGAAGCCUCCUCCUAAACAGUAAAGAAUCACAUAACAUGAAAUAACCUGUAGGUCAUGGGUUCAAAGUAACGACUGUUUAUUUUUCCAUGUUGGCUGAGUAAGUUUUACAGUUUUUAUAGAAAUCCUUUUUGACAGCACACUCUGAUAACACCUUGAUGUUGGAGUGUGGACGGGAUGCCGAUGUUAUUUUUGGAGUGGAAAUAGGAUCUAAAGAUCAGAGCACCGAGACAGUAGAGGGUUUCUUUAUUUACCAAAGCCUCAUUUAAACUACAUUGUGUGACUAAGUUUGUUUCUGUUGUACUAUUUCGUCACCAUGCCCUUUUUUCUGUAAAUACUUUGUAAUUGUAAUUUGACUUUUUUUCCUUUGUAUUGUGGGAAAUUUGGGGUGCAUACUCUUGACACCAGUAUGAAAGUACACUUUUUAAAUCAUGAGAAAAAAAUAAAACAUUUCUAGUACAGUA